AUGUCUUCCAAUGUAUCUGGUCAAUCUUCCAUAUAUCUACCUUCCACACCUAUCACUAGUCCUUAUUCCGGUUCCCCAAAAAAGGAAAAUAUAACGAACGUGGGAGGUGCUGAUAAUGACCAUGGGGUUUCCAAUUUGGGCAUCCAUUCGGAGGAUGACGAGGAAGAUAUGGACCUCAAGGCUAAAGCGUUGACAAAACUAUUAAAGACUAGUUCUGUUUUCGUUGCAAUUAUGGCGGAGAAAAUGAAGGACCAACGAAAAAGACAACAAGAAGAGGCUCGAAAAGCAGCAGCUAAGAAGAGCGCUGCCGACCAAAAGAAGAAAAAGAAAUCAAAUGAAGCUACUUCGAGACGAGUGACUAGGGCUAAUGAGAAGCAAGCUAAACAGCCCCAGCCCACUGCACCCAGCAAGGACUUGGCUUCAGAGCCGCGUUUACCAAAAGCACUCAUCAAAAACCAGGCUAAAGUAGUCAUUUCCAGCAACUCCCUUACAAAUUAUUUCCACAAGGCCGAUGUUGGCAUACCAGAGAAUAACCCAACUGUUCAAGAAGCGCUUGCUCAAGCCGCAGAAGAAUUCGAAAGUAAGCCUACUACACUAGGGUCGCAGGAAUUAGUGGCAACUCAGCAACCUGCACUGGUCACGGGCGGGCGGAUGAGGGACUAUCAGCUUGAAGGCUUGGAAUGGCUAAAAUCCCUGUGGAUGAACGGGCUCUGCGGCAUUCUUGCAGAUGAAAUGGGUCUUGGAAAGACAGUGCAAGCCAUAUCGCUGAUUGCGUUUUUCAAGGAACAUAAAAUCUCUGGACCAUUUCUGAUCGCAACGCCGCUUAGCACACUAAGCAAUUGGGUGAAUGAAUUUGCUCGAUGGACGCCUAAAAUCAAAACUGUUUUGUAUCAUGGAACAAAGGAGGAUCGUGCUCAGAUUAGACAGCUACGAAUGAAAGUACAGGACCAGAAAAACUUCGAUUUUCCUGUAGUUUGCACUUCAUAUGAAAUAUGCAUGAAUGACCGGAAAUUUCUUGCAGACUACCAAUGGAAAUACAUUAUUGUUGACGAGGGCCAUCGGCUAAAGAACAUGAACUGCCGGCUGAUACAAGAGUUAAUGUUGUAUAACUCCGCAAACCGACUCCUGUUGACAGGGACCCCCCUACAGAACAAUAUUGCGGAGCUGUGGUCGCUUCUUCACUUUUUGCUCCCAGAAGUUUUUAGUGACUUAAACAGCUUUCAAAAUUGGUUUGAUUUUUCUUCUAUCCUCGAUUCAACGGCAAAAAAAGAUAUUGUUGAAAAGAGAAAACAAAAUCUGGUGUCAACAAUGCAUGCAAUUCUGAAACCAUUCCUGUUGCGCCGAGUGAAGACAGACGUUGAAACAAAUUUGCCAAAGAAGCGGGAAUAUAUAUUGUAUGCCCCUUUGACUCCAGAACAGAAGGAGCUCUAUCUUGCAAUAGUCCAAGGUACUGGUCGACAAUACCUGGAAGGUAAAGCUUUUGACAGACUUGAGCAAAAAAAUGCGUCAGGGAGGCCGUCAGGAUCCCGAAGUUUGAAACGAAGCUCCACCCAGAGCGGCAGUUCUACCCCGAAUAAAAGCAUCAGAUCCGACCAAAGUUCUACACCCGGCGCCACUCUAAGACGACGUGGAAAACGGAAAACGGAUUAUAGAGAGAUUAGUGAUCGAGAGUUUAAUGCGAAACUGAGGGAGUUGGAGAAUGGGAAGCAAGAAGAGUUCAAAGAGUCGGAACUCAGUGAGGACGAGUUGAUAGAGAUUGAACGAGUGAAGACUAUGCAAUUAGCGAGAAAAGAGAUUUCUACAAAAAAGCUUCAAAACCCCCUAAUGCAGGCUCGUUUGGCUUGCAACUCGCCUCAUAAUUUUUACUGGCCUUGGGACCAAGAUUCUGACGUUGAUGAGUCCCUCGUGACAGCCUCUGGUAAAAUGCUUCUUCUAGACCGACUUGUUCCCUUUCUGCUAUCCAGGGGCCAUAAGAUCCUGAUAUUCUCUCAGUUCAAAACACAACUCAACAUUCUUCAGGAUUGGACAUAUCUCCGCGAUUGGAAGUGUUGCCGCAUUGAUGGCGAUGUUAACCAGUCGGACCGCCAACUCCAGAUUGACUCUUUCAAUAACGAUCCGGAUCAUAGAAUAUUUCUUUUAAGUACUCGAGCUGGCGGCCUAGGUAUUAACCUUACUGCUGCUGAUACAGUCAUUCUUUUUGACUCGGACUGGAAUCCACAGCUAGAUCUCCAAGCUCAAGAUCGUGCUCACCGUAUUGGACAGACAAAGCCUGUAAUCGUCUAUAGACUGGCUUCCAGGGGAACAGUUGAGCAAAAACUUUUAGAAAGCGCAGAUUCCAAGCGUCGACUUGAGAGACUGGUCAUUCAAAAAGGCAAAUUCAAGAAUUUACUUGACAUGUCUUCUACUGAGCAAAAAGACACUGACGAAUUACGAAAAAUUCUUGAAGGAGAUCGGUUGGAGGUAUUUGAUGUUGGUGCCGGAUCUAAGCCAGAGUCGCUCUUAUCAAGAAAAGAGCUAGAAAUAUUAACGGAUAGAAGCGAGGAAGCAUAUAAUAGAGCGGAAAAUGGUCUAGAUAGAAGCGCGAACACGUUUCUGGCAGUUAAGAAAAACCGCGGGGGCGAUGUAACGGAUAUUCUGAAAGAAUAG